AUGUUGAGGAUAGUGAAGGAACCGGAGGAAGUGAUGAGAAUGCGAGGAGGUUCUGUACUUGGAAAGAAGACGAUUCUGAAGAGUGACCAUUUUCCUGGUUGCCAGAAUAAGCUUCUGUCUCCUCAGAUCGAAGGUGCUCCGAAUUAUCGUCAGGCGGAGGCUUUGCAUGUUCAUGGUGUUGCCAUUCCCACUGUUGAUGGAAUUCGGAAUGUUCUUAAUCACAUUGGUGCUCGCGGGAAAGGACAGCAAGUUCUUUGGAUUAGUCUUCGUGAAGAACCGCUAAUGUAUAUUAAUGGCCGACCUUUUGUAUUGCGAGAUGUGGAGAGACCAUUCUCCAACCUUGAAUAUACGGGAAUUAAUAGGGAUAGGGUGGAACAAAUGGAAGAUCGUUUGAAAGAAGACAUCAUGUUGGAAGCUAGAAGAUAUGGUAAUAAGAUCCUUGUGACGGAUGAACUGCCUGAUGGUCAGAUGGUGGACCAAUGGGAACCUGUGUCAUGUGAUUCUGUCGAGACGCCGUUGGAGGUGUAUCAGGAAUUGCAAAAGGAGGGAUACCUUGUUGAUUAUGAACGUGUGCCUGUAACUGAUGAAAAAUCGCCUAAGGAACUGGAUUUUGAUCUUUUGGUACAAAAAAUCUCUCAAGCCAAAUUAAAUACAGAAAUAAUUUUUAAUUGUCAAAUGGGGCGUGGACGAACGACAACUGGAAUGGUCAUUGCAACUUUGGUGUACCUCAAUCGAAUUGGAGCAUUUGGGAUUCCAAGAAGCAAUUCGAUGGGUAGAAUUUUUCAAUCUAUGACCAAUGUUGCUGACCAUUUGCCAAGCUCAGAGGAGGCAAUUUGCAGAGGAGAAUAUGCAGUCAUAAGAAGCUUGGUUCGGGUAUUAGAGGGUGGUGUUGACGGGAAAAAACAAGUGGACAAAGUCAUUGACAAAUGCGCUUCAAUGCAGAAUCUGCGUGAAGCAAUUGGCACCUAUCGUAAUAGCAUUCUGCGACAGCCAGAUGAGAUGAAAAAGGAGGCAUCACUUUCCUCUUUUGUGGAGUACUUAGAGAGAUACUACUUUUUAAUAUGUUUUGCUGUGUACCUUCAUUCAGAAAGGGAUAUACUCCACUCUAGUACUGCUGGUCAAAGUAGUUUUUCUGAUUGGAUGAGAGCAAGACCAGAACUCUACAGCAUUAUUCGCAGGUUACUCAGGAGAGAUCCAAUGGGUGCACUUGGAUAUUCAAGUUUCAAACCAUCUUUAAAGAAGAUAUCUGAAUCAACUGAUGUCCGGCCUUCUGAGAUGGGCAUGGUUGCUGCCUUGAGAAAGGUUUUUGGUGUUGCAAAUCCAACUGUUGAUGGUAUCCGAUCAGUCAUUCAAAGAAUUGGCAGCACUAAUGGUGGACACCCAAUACUUUGGCAUAAUAUGAGAGAAGAGCCUGUGAUUUACAUCAAUGGGAAGCCGUUUGUUCUUCGUGAAGUUGAAAGACCAUACAAAAACAUGUUGGAGUACACGGGUAUUGGCCGCGAAAGAGUGGAGAAAAUGGAAGCACGGUUAAAACUAGACAUUUUAAAGGAAGCUAAACAGUAUAGCAAUGCCAUAAUGGUUAUUCAUGAAACAGAUGAUGGACAUAUCUAUGAUGCUUGGGAGCAUGUUACCUCUGAUGUGAUUCAAACCCCGCUUGAAGUUUUCAAAAGCCUGGAAGCUGACGGGUUUCCCAUUAAGUAUGCACGCGUACCCAUCACUGACGGAAAAGCUCCUAAGCAUUCUGACUUUGAUACUUUAGCUAUUAAUAUUGCUUCUGCUGCAAAGGACACUACUUUUGUUUUCAAUUGUCAGAUGGGUCGGGGAAGGACUACUACUGGUACUGUCAUAGCCUGCCUUGUGAAACUUCGCAUUGAUUUUGGUAGGCCAAUUAAAAUAUUGAGCGAUAAUAUGACCCAAGAACAAUCAAAUAGCGGCUCUUCAAGCGGAGAUGAAGCUGGAGACUGUGUCACUGCAUUGACCUCCAAUACUUCACAAAUGAAGAUGGACGAGAAACAAAACCGUGUUUUUGGUAUAAAUGACAUUCUCUUGUUAUGGAAGAUAACCACAUUAUUUGAUAAUGGUGUUGAAUGCCGAGAGGCCUUAGAUGCUGUUAUUGAUAGAUGUUCUGCACUCCAAAACAUUCGACAAGCAGUUCUACAAUAUAGAAAAGUAUCCAAUCAACAGCAUGUUGAGGAUAGGGUAAGGAGGGUGGCUUUAAAUCGCAGUGCUGAGUACUUGGAACGGUACUUCCGUCUAAUUGCUUUUGCAGCAUAUCUUGGAAGCGAAGCGUUCGAUGGGUUUUGUGGACAAGGAGAUUCCAGAAUGACAUUUAAGGUUUGGUUGCAUCAGAGGCCAGAGGUGCAGGCUAUGAAAUGGAGCAUCAGAUUAAGACCUGGGAGAUUUUUCACUGUCCCUGAGGAGUUGAGAGAAUCACAAGAGUCUCAGCAUGGAGAUGCAGUGAUGGAGGCUACUGUCAAGACCAGAAAUGGUUCUGUUUUGGGGAAAGGCUCCAUACUUAAAAUGUAUUUCUUUCCUGGACAGAGAACUUCCAAUCAUAUACAAAUACAUGGCGCACCUCAUGUCUACAAGGUUGACGAAUACCCUGUGUAUUGCAUGGCAACUCCAACCAUCUCUGGGGCCAAGGAGAUGCUAAACUACUUGGACGCUAAGUCUAAAACUGGUUUCACUUCUCAAAAAGUUAUAUUGACUGAUGUAAGAGAAGAAGCGAUUGUUUAUAUCAACUGUGUUCCCUUUGUUCUUAGGGAGUUAAAAAAACAUGUUGAUACUCUCAAACACGUCGGAAUCACCGGUCCUUUGGUUGAACACAUGGAGGCACGGCUGAAAGAAGACAUACUGGCUGAGAUUAAAGAGUCUGGUGGGCGAAUGCUACUACACCGUGAAGAAUAUGACCCCUCAACAAACCAGUCUUCUGUGGUCGGAUACUGGGAAAACAUUCUGGCAGAUGAUGUGAAGACACCAGCAGAAGUUUAUUCUUUUCUAAAAGAUGAUGGAUAUGAUAUCGUCUAUCGGAGAAUACCCUUAACCAGAGAGAGAGAUGCCUUGGCCUCUGACGUCGAUGCAAUACAGUACUGUCAAGAUGACUCUGCAGGGAAGUACCUCUUUGUAUCACACACAGGUUUUGGUGGAGUCGCAUAUGCAAUGGCCAUAAUCUGUAUUAGACUCGGUGCAGAUGCAAACUUUGCAUCAAAAGUCCUGCAGCCAUCAUUUGGUCCCGAUACAUCUGUAGUGACUGAAGAGAGUUUCCAUUCUCGAGCUUCUAAUGAAACAGCACUUAGGAUGGGCGACUAUCGUGACAUUUUGAACCUUACAAGAGUCCUUGUACAUGGUCCCCAAAGCAAAACAGAUGUUGACAUUGUCAUUGAAAGAUGUGCAGGCGCAGGGCAUAUACGAGAUGAUAUUCUUUAUUACAAAAGAGAAUUUGAGAAGCUCACUGAUGAUGAUGAUGAGGAACGUGCAUACCUUAUGGGCAUGGGUGUCAAGGCUUUGAGGCGGUAUUUUUUUCUCAUCACAUUCGCAUCGUAUCUCUACUGCACCUCUCCUGCUGAUACAGAAUUUGCCGCGUGGAUGGAUGCAAGACCUGAGCUUGAUCAUCUACGUAACAAUCUAAGAAUAGAUAAAUAG